AGUUCAUGGUUCAUGCUGUUUCGAAUCUCAAAAAGAAGAUGUCGAGUUCUACGCUUUCUGAAUCUGAUACCUCUACGGGGGCUAGUUUUGAUUCUCUAUUGACAUGGUUAAACACAUUUGACCUGGGAGACCAAAAGUGCACGGAAGCAGAGGAUCUAUGUUCUGGGCGUGUCCUUCAGUCAUGCCUGGCCUCUAUGUGCCCGGAGGUGGCAGGUGAUGAUAAGGACCCAUGGACAGAGAUCAUAACAAAACUUGAACAUUAUUGUGGGUGUUCUCUGGAGAAAUCGGUGUGUCUUCAAAAGGUGAAGGAUGGAAACUUGGAGGAAAUGGCAAAGGUGGUUGUGCUUCUCAUCUGCUACUUUGUUGAGGAUGAGUCUAUCAACCAGAACGUCAUUGAGCAGAUCAUGCAGCUACCCCUUGGUGUGCAGCAAGAUCUGAUGUCACUCAUUGAGUUAGGACUGGGUAAAGUCAACAGCGAAACUCUCUCCUCUGGCAACUUUCACUCCGGUGUGAACUGUGGCACUGAGGCAUCGUCUCUCCAAACAGACGACCUCACCCCUGUUAGAUCAUCUAGACAUCGCAGUUCUAGUAUGUUCCAUCAAGGGUUGGAUUCUCCAGCAGGUCGACGAUGGUUGUCCUCCCCCGCUCUCUCUGCUCACAAGAGGAGGGUGCCUAGGACUCCACUCAUUGCCAGCAUUGUCACCACCUCUCUGAGGACUGACCCUAUGACUGAUAGCAGUGCUGAGGACCUGCUGAUCCUCCGACAUCAAUUGUCUGUCCUGGAGAAGAAAUUUGAGAGCGAGAAGCAGCUCUCCGUUGACCUGAACACUGAGCUCCAGUCCACGAACCAAACCUGCAGCAGUCUACAGGAAACAAAUAAAAAGCUGACCGUCAAGCUGACCUCUGUUGAAUCGCAACACAAAGAUGUGCUAGAUGAGCUUCUGUACAAGGAGAGAAAACUUGAAGAGACUCAGGCCAUUCUGACCAAAAACAGGCUGGAGAUAGAUGCGCUAUCUGGCCUCAAGGAGACUGUUAGAAGUCUCGAGGCAAAAGUGGACGCUUCUGAGGUGGUCAAACGUGAACUUCAACAUCAGACAAAAAAGCUGCAUGACUGUGACCUGGUCUUGGUGGAGAGAGAGGCGGAGUUGCGACGACUCAAGCUAGCCCAUGAGAACACCCUUGCAGAGCUACACGAUGCCGUCACCAAGAAAGAGAGCUCUCUGAUGGAGGCGUCCAGAGAAUAUGAGGAGCUUUGGGGGCAGUUCAAACAACUGGAGCGAGACAAGUCACAAGUUGAAUCCCUUCUACUCCAAAAAUCAUGUGAAGUGGAGGCCUCCAUCAGAGAGUAUGAUCAGUACAAGAUGGAAGCGAAUGAACGAGUGGUGAUUUUAGAGGAGACGAAAGUUAACCUCAAGACGAAACUUGAAGCCGCUCAUGAAGUCAACACCGUAUGGAAGCAGCAAAUUGAGACACUGGAGAAAUCAAAUACUGAUCUUCAUACCAAGCUGGAUGUUGCUCAAAGGGAUCACGAGUUGUACAAGGCUGACGUGGACCAACAAGUACAAACCCUGGAGAAAUCGAAUGCUGAUCUUCAAACCAAGCUGGAUGUUGCUCAAAGGGAUCACGAGUUAUACAAGGCUGACGUGGACCAGCAAGUUCAAAGCCUAGAGAAAUUGAAUGUUGACAUUCAAGCCGAAAUCAAAGACCUUUCCAAAGAAAACGAGUGCUACCAGCAACAGAUGGACGAACAACUGAAAGCAGCUAAUUCUGAGCUUGAAAACAAACUGGCUGCAACCCUUCGAGAUCAUGACUUAUACAAAGAGCAGGCGCGUGAAAAAUAUCAAGUGUACAAGCAAGAAUUGGAUGAGCAACUACAAGCGUUGAAGAAAGUCAAUGUCAAUCUACAAGCUAACUUGGACCAAACCUGUCAUGAUCGUGAAAUGUACAAACAACAGGUUAUUAUUCAAAUAGAUACUCUGCAGAAAGCCAAUACUGACCUCCAAGCCAAUUUGAAAGCGGCUCAUGAAGAGAUCGAGUUAAUCCAGUCGCAAAUGGAGAUGGUAGAGAAAUCAACUGUUGCCCUUAAAACUGCACUGGACACAGCUCAAAGAGAACACGAGUUGUACAAAACUGAAGCAAAUGAACAAAUCCAAGCGCUUGAGAAGGCCAACGGUGACCUUGAAGCUAAGAUGGCUACAAUGUGCGAAGAACAUGAUACCUACAAGUUGAAGAUGGACGAGACACAACAGGCCUUAGUUAAUCUCCAAGAACAAUUGAACUCAUCCUGCCAAGUUCAUGAAUUGUACAAACAGCAAGCUACUAGCCAAAUAAACACUCUCAAGACAACUAACUCCCAACUUGAAGCCGAUAUGAAAGCAAUAGUCAAAGAAAAAGCAACCGUAGAUGAUGCUAAUGCUGAGCUUCAGACUAAACUGGAUACGUCAUGUGAGGAGUACAAGGCAUCCAGACUUGAGGUGCAAGCUCUAGACACCACCAAUACCACCCUCCAGUCAAGAGUUGACAAGGCCUGUGAAGAACACGAGUCCUACAAAAAAGAGAUGACCGACAAAUUGCUGACCUCAGAGGAACAACAUGCUAAACUCCAACACGUAUUGAAUACAACUCGUCAAGAACAUGCUCUGUUCAAGCAGGAAGUUACUAGCCAGGUGGAGUCUCUGCAGAAAGCUAACACACGCUUAGACGCUGACCUAGUGGCAUCCCGUCAAGAACACGAAUUUUACAAGACUGAGAUUAUCAACAGAUUAAAUACUGUGGAAAAAGCAAAUCUUGAUCUUGGAGUUGAACUCGAUGCAAAAUCUGAAGAGUGUGAACAAUACAAGACCAAUGUACUGGCUCUGCAAGCAAACAAUUGUGAUAUUCAAACUAAAUUUGAUAAAGUACACAAACAUCAUGAAAGCUCUCAGCAGGAGGUACAAAAUCUGAAAGAAAGUGUUUCUGAGCUGAAGUCUAGAUUGGAGACAGCCUGUGAAGAUGAAAUUGAAGCAAAUGCCAGAGUACAGAUAUUGAAGGGAGCCAAUUCACAACUCCAGAAUGAGCUGAUGUUUGUGCAAAGAGAGUUAAAGGAGCAGCACAAAUCAGAACUCCCAGCUACAUCAUCUCACAAUAAUACUAGGAGUGGGGGAAACGAGAAGAGAUUGGAUGAACUCCAGCGACGGAACCUGAUAACCCAUCCCCACCUCAGAUCUUCUUAUCCUAUUGAGAUGCAAGUGAGACCAGAGUCCCCGAGUGUAUCUAACGACAUCAUUAAAAACGGAAGCAGAAACACAGCUCAGAGUUCUACCCUUCAAGGAUCUACUUCUUUUGUCGUGUCUUUCGAUGAGUCAUCUACCUCAAGAAAGCGAAGUCGUGAUCUUGACACGUCUGUCUCCAUCCCUCCCUCCUCACUCCCCCGCAUCAGUGCACUACCCUCCCCUGAGUCGGCUACUUUCUCUACCACUACCGAGUCCACAUCUUUUAGCACCUUCUCACAAACGUCUACCCGUACAACAGAGUCAACAUUUGUCAAGACAAAAUCGAUGAGGCCCACUCUAGCAGAACUAAAAAAGAAUACUCAAGGGACCGUAAGUAUGAAACUGCGUAGUUACCUGGACGAUCCUAGCUCUCGACCCUCUGUCUCUGGUACUAGUUUCGAUGUCCCCUUAUCCCCUCCAAAGCGUGCAAUGCCCAAGAGAUUGCAGACUCGAGUUACCAAAAGCAAAACAAUCCCUCCAGUAGAACGAAGGCAGACUAUUGUGAAGCCAAAACAAUCAAAAAGCAAGAAAUGAACUAUUGGGACAUUGUUACAUAAUUAUUACACAAUAGACUUUAUUACAUGUAUACAAGUAUGUGUUGUUUUUUUCAAUACACAUGAAGUUGAACAUGUCAAA